GUCACGCACGGUUGGUGACACGCGAUAUGUACCCGGUCGCAGUAAAGGUGAGAGGGAACCGGUGCGCUAUUUAUAGACAAUCCGGUCUUACGCGAACAACAUUGCCCGGGCCAUGGGGCAAACCACCGGGCCACGGAGGUAUCCACAUACCAGUGGUGAAGCCGUGUGCACAGAUAAUCAGCACCUGGAAGCUGAUUUGCCACACACAAGCGGUUCCGGCAACAGCUUUGCGUGCACACUCGCAGGUUACUAGUAUUUCUCUCCUUUGCCUGUACGUGCGUAUGGUUCUUGGGACGACAUUUUCUUCUCAGGGUAGGGUGCUGCCACUCUUCACCGUAGCUGUGCAACGCCAAAUUGUGUCACAAAAAUCGGCUUCCUGACGUGAAAACGUUGUAUAUCGUCGUAAGCGACAAUGCUGUAUGCCUUUUCGAUGAGUCGUCGAUGGAGUCGUCUCUGGGCCGCCAUCUUGUUUCUGACGACAUUUUGGACUCUGACACUUUCAGACGACAGGAGGCCAAACUUUGUGUUGUUUAUGGUAGACGACCUUGGCAUUGGUGAUGUCGGCUGUUUUGGCAAUGACACAAUCAGAACGCCAAACAUCGACAGAAUCGCGUCAGAAGGCGCUAAGCUGACCCAACACCUCACUGCGGAGGCGAUCUGUACUCCAAGCAGGGCGGCGUUUCUUACCGGCAGGUAUCCUGUAAGGAUGGGCAUGGCCGCUGGUGGGCACAACUGGCGGUACUUUCCGUUUGCCGCCGGGGCAGGAGGACUGCCUCAGAACGAAACAACCUUUGCGACCUUGCUGAAAGACGCUGGGUACUCUACCGCUUUAGUAGGAAAGUGGCACCUUGGACUCAACUGCAAGACAAGCGAUGAUCACUGUCAUCACCCGAACAGGCACGGGUUCGACUUUUUCUUCGGCACUCCGAUCACGAACUUCCGAGAGUGCGCGGAGGGAGCGGACACCAUGUAUGUCAACACACUCGCAUACAAACGCUCGCGCAACGCCUGUAUCGCUCUCUUCGUCGCCAGUCUGGCACUUCUCGUCUUGAAAGUCCUGGGGACGAACAAGAUGUCGUGGAAGACCGUAUUUGCGUUACUUCUCUUCGCGCCUUGUUUUUGGAUCCCGUCCCGAUUUUUCUUCUCCCAUCGCCUGCGCUGGAUGAACUGCAUCCUCAUGAACAACAGCGAGCUCGUGGCGCAACCGUUCGACCUCCAGGAUGACCUGACGCCGCGUCUGCUCGCCAAGUCUUUGAACUUCCUCAGGGAGAACCAUGACCGCCCGUUUCUCCUGUACCACGCCUUCCUGAAGGUGCACACGGCGCUGUUCGCCACGGAGCGGUUCCGCGGGCGGAGCCGACACGGCCCGUACGGGGAUAACGUGGAGGAGAUGGACUGGGCGGUGGGGGAGGUCCUGAGGGAGAUUGACAGACUCGGACUGUCCGAGAACACGUUUGUGUACCUGUCGUCUGACAACGGAGGACACCUGGAGGAGAUCACACCAGAGGGCGAGGUGCACGGUGGAUGGAACGGCAUCUACAAAGGUGGAAAAUCCAUGGGAGGUUGGGAAGGAGGCAUCCGUGUGCCGACUGUACUGCGCUGGCCGAGACAAGUCCGGCCCGGUACGGUCAUCUCUGAGCCCACCAGUAUGAUGGACGUGUUCCCGACCGUUCUGACGCUGGCCGGGGCGGCAACUCCCGGGGAUCGCGCCAUAGACGGACGGGACCUGAUGCCGCUGUUAGCCGGGAACAGGACGGUGACGGAGCACGAGUUUCUCAUCCACUACUGCGGGCAGUCCCUCACCGCAGCGCGGUACAGACCGUUAACAGGAAACUCCGUGUACAAGGCUCACUACAUGACGCCUAUCUGGGACGAGGGAACAGGUGCAUGCUACUCCGCGUUCGGCUGUGGUUGCGAGAACAGUUGGGUCCACUACCACGACCCGCCUCUACUCUUCGACAUAGCGAAGGACCCCUCCGAGAGUAAACCUCUAACGCCCAAGAACGAGCCCAAGUUUGCACAAAUAGUGGCGAACAUCAGCCGAGGCGUGGAGGCCCACAGGAAGACUCUAGUUUCAGUCGAGAGCCAGUUUUCUCUCCGUAACGUGUUGUGGAGACCGUGGAUGCAACCAUGUUGUAAUUUCCCGUACUGCUCUUGUGACUUGAAUGAAACUUCGCCUACCCUGGAGAAUCUGCCUGUGUACGAGCAGACCUCGUCGUUCCCAGAGUCGUAGACUUAAAGGGCUGGGCUUAUGUAAAUUGAAGAAGAACGUUACACAAUUUCAUAUUUUACACCAAAACAGUAUUUUUAAAAUGACGCAUUUAUUUCAAGUCAAAUCCCAGAAAUUGCUGCAUAUAUUUGUAAUGUUACAUUGUAACCCUGUUUUAUUAUGUAAACACAUGUACUGUGUACAGAGGCUAGAUCAUAUUGCCUUGUAAUGGCCUGCAAGAAAUUGUGAUAUUUCUUAAUUUUAUGAUGAUCCCAUGGUUUUUUUAGUUACCAACCAAAGUCAAGUAGAAUUGUUUGAUGAAUGGAAAUUGAGUUUUGUUAUUUUAUAUAGGAAAUUAAUACUCUUCUCAGGUAGGUACUGUUAUCAUUAUUGUUUUGGAAUACCAUAUAAAAACAGCAAACAGGGUCAAGUUAAUCAUGAUUUUGCUACCUACGCAGUCAUUUGUGGACACUAAUAGUUGAAAUAUUCAACGUUUUAACGUUUCACUAAACAGAUUGAACGAAUAGCGAUAAGUUAUAUAGAGAACAUCGUAUGAAUGUCCUUGGUAAUAUAAACUGUCAAGCGGCGGGUUUUAAAAUUUUAAUGGGAUUUUUAUAUCAUUAUACAAGGAUGAAAUAAAAUCAUUUCGUAUUUAGUA